UAACAGGGUGAUCACUACUGUAGACCCAUGGCGAUCCAAGUCAGAAGACUGGCUACCAGUGCUGUUUCAGGAGUGUUCCUUGUGUUCCUUCUGCUGGGAAGGUUUCCGCAGAAUGGCGCUGCCAACACAGUCAACACGACCACGGGUCCUGUGUCCGGCAAAUCUGCCAUCGUGGAAAGCAGAAAGGUAGACAGUUACCAAGGUAUUCCGUACGCUGUUCCUCCUGUUGGCAAGCUGCGCUUUCAACCACCUCAGUACCCACAUCCGACCUGGGCGGCUGUGCUGGAUGCCACAAAGCAAGGUCCAAGCUGCAUUCAGCACUUGGAGAGUCAACACAUACCAGGUGUAACUAAUGAAGACUGUCUAUUCAUCAACGUCUUCUCGCCGCAAAUCAUCGGCAAUACCUCAUCAUUGCCGGUAAUGCUGUGGAUAUAUGGCGGUGGAUUUCGUGACGGUUCCAGUGCAUUGUAUCCUGGCCUGACGUUGGCAGCGCUCGCUAAUGUGGUUCUUGUGACCUUCAACUAUCGCGUUGGCGCCCUGGGAUUCUUCUCGUCUCCAGCUGAUAGCAUACCGGGCAACAUGGGACUAUUGGAUCAGUUAGCAGCCAUGCGGUGGGUCAAGGACAACAUAGCGCACUUUGGCGGCGAUCCGUCAAGAGUCACUAUCUUUGGUGAAUCAGCCGGUGGUGCUUCAGUCGCAUUGCAUCUGCUCAGCCCAAAGACGCAGGGCUACUUUGUGCAUGCCAUUGCCGAGAGUGGCUCGUCACUGUGCCCCUGGGCAUGUCAACUUCCAAAGCAUGCCCGUGAAGGAAUGGUGGCGUUCGCCGAGCAACUCCGCUGCACAACUGUAGAGGGCAUCAAUAUGGACUGCCUGAGAAAUGCCUCUGCCGACACAAUACUCUCCGUGCAGAGUGCAGUCUACGCAGAAUGGGAGACAAUGAAUCGAAACGCACCAUUCAUUCCUGUUGUAGACGGAGAUUUCCUGCCACUAGACCCAGUUACCGCUCUGCAGACAGGGCAUUUCCAAAGUAAAGUUGAGGUACUGACUGGUGUUAACCAUGACGAGUGGUCGCUGUUUCUCAAGAAGCACUUUGAAAGCAACCCAGCACUGAAUGAGUCCGCAUACAAUGUGUCAAUCCAGCGGUACACGGAACGUGGCUUCUGGGGGUUUCCCAAUGUGACGUCCAGUCCAGCCAUUACCGAGGCAGUGAAGUUUGCCUAUACAAACUGGACAGAUCCGGAAUCGGAUGAGGCCCGCCUGCAGCAACUCAUAAAAGCCGGAACUGACUUUGCCUUCAUUUGCCCAGCGCAAGCAGAGGUAGACUAUUGGACUGCAUCGAGUGGAGGUGCAGCGGCGGCUGCACCCACGCUCUACAUGUACCAGUAUUCGCAUGCUGAUGGCUUCUCUCCAAGCUGGGCAGGAGUACCACAUGCUGCAGAGGUUCCAUAUGUGUUUGGCCUGCCACUGGUACUACCUUUUGAAGCAGACAGUGAAACCAAAUCUCUGAUGGACGGGAGAGCACAAGCCAGAUUGCCAAUCUACACAGUCGCGGACAAAGAUGUCAGCCGCAACAUCAUCAGCCUGUGGAGUGCAUUUGCUUGGAACGGCAAUCCAUCAAGUGGCCUACCCCAUAACUCCAAGAUCACACAAUGGCCGGUGUACACACCCAAGACAAAGCAGUACCUCAACAUUGACACAGAGCUGACCGUGUCCAGUCAUCUCCACGCCGACAAGUGUGCGCUGUUUGCACGUCUUGCUCCAUAUCUGCAUGAGAACUGCCCAGGAAACUUUGCGGUGGUGCGGUGCAGCCAGGUACGAUGUGAUGUUGGUAAUAGUAGCGCUGGCCAGGGCGUGCGGAGGGCUGAAAAUAAGACCGUUAUGUCCCAGUCUCUUGGCUGCCGGCCUCGGCAGCUGAUGUUGGCUGUGGCGUUGCUCCUGCUUACUCAGUGGAGUGGUUUAGCAGAGUCGCAAUCUGAGGAGAUUAUCUCAACGACCGUUGUGAAUACAGUCUACGGACCAGUUCUCGGAGAGAUUACUCGCAUUUCAGCGCCCGACAUUCCUUCGACAUUGCUCAAGAGAUUCAGGGGAAUUCCCUUCGCGGCUCCUCCGCUGGGAGAGUUGCGCUUUGCACCACCUCAGCCACCUCAGAAGUGGAGUACAGUUCGUGACACCACACAGUACGGGCCGAGCUGCAUACAAAAUGUCGGAGCUCAGAGAAUUACUAGCGGGACAAGCGAGGACUGUUUGACUCUGAACAUCUAUUCGCCAGUUUCCAACUUUACGACGGACACCUUCCCAGUCAUGGUGUGGAUCUAUGGUGGGUCUUACCGUGACGGCAGCAGUGUUCUCUACGAUGGCUCAGUGUUGGCAGCGCUGGGUAAAGUAGUGGUCGUUACAAUCAACUAUCGACUUGGCGCUUUUGGAUUCGCCUCAUCCACCAUCCCGGACAAAAUCAGUGGCAACAUGGGAUUUAUGGAUCAGCAGAUGGCACUGCGCUGGGUCAAUCAGAACAUUGAGACAUUCAGUGGCGAUGUUGCCCAGGUGACUAUAUUUGGCGAGUCAGCAGGUGCCGGUUCUGUCAGCUUGCACUUGAUCAGUCCGAAGAGCCAGUCGCUGUUCCGCCGUGCCAUAUCCGAGAGUGGCUCCAUGCUGUCACCCUGGGCUGUUCAGAAUGCGGCCGACUUGACGCUGUCAGUACAGGCACUCGCUCAGGGCUUGCAAUGUCUGACACCAGGUCUCUACGUUGACGUAACGUGUUUGAGGAACAAAACGGCAGAGGAGAUACUCACUGCGCAGAAUGUUAUCUAUGACUUUUGGAAGAAAACCAACCGCCAGCUACCGUUUACGCCAGUGAUCGAUGGCGCUGUCCUUCCCUUGGCACCGGAUUUAGCACUGCCAGCAGGUGAUUUCAUGCCCCUUGAGGUGUUGUCCGGUGUCAACCAGAACGAGUAUGGCCUGUUUGCUGCGUACGCAAUAGCAGCACGCAAUCCUCCCGUGCCAUCAAUCAACAGCACUGAGUUCAACGCGUCCCUGUCCAGUUUCACUAACCUAGGCUACUGGGGAUUUCCCCCAGCGGGCUUGAGCAAGGCAGUCCAUGAUGUCAUCAAUUUUGAAUACACCGAAUGGGAAGAUCCAAACUCCGGCGAGGCUCGUCUGCAGUCUUCGAUUACUGCUGGCAGUGACUUCAACUUUGUGUGUCCUCUGCAACAGCAGGCUGACCAAUGGUCCAAGGCCCGGUUUGCAGCACUUGGUGCUAAGCUGUAUAUGUAUCAGUUCUCUCACAAAGACGGGACAUUCCCGGACUGGGUUGGUGUGCCGCACGCAGCUGAGCUUCCGUACGUGUUUGGUGAAGUGCUCAUGACCAAUUAUCUGGCAAAACCACUCACAGGACAGUUGUAUUACGUGACUGAAGAUGACCGCAACGUCAGUCUGACCAUGAUCAGCAUCUGGUCUGCCUUUGCACAUACUGGUGACCCAAGCAAUGGAUUGAUUGAAACCGGCGCCAACUUCACAACCUGGCCAGUGUUCAACUCCACGACACGCCCCUACGUUGACAUCAGCAUCAACCCAAGCCAGGGCAGCUUCUUGCACAACGAGAAAUGCCAGAUGCUGGCGCAACUCACACCCAAGCUCAUCAAGUACUGCCGUACUGAUCCAGGACCAAACUCGCCGCUUACACGUGGAACUGAAGCACCACCACCCGAACAGCCCUGCUCGAGCAAGAGCCAGGCAUACUUCUACGCCACCAUCAUCCUGGCAAUCGUUGCUGCCAUGUUCCUGGUCGAGAUAGUCUUCCUCUCCUUCCGGGUUCACGACGCCAAGAGAAGAGCCAGGGAGUAUGACGUGCGCAAGGGUCUGAUGAGUGACUAGCCACGCCAGGCCUACUCGACCACGCUUGCCUGUUUUUGUGGCUUCAUACAGACAGGCGGGUCUGAGCCAUCUUGAUGUUCACUGCAGUCAGACGCGAACGGCCGAUGGCACGGCAGGAUGGCGGCAUUGUGAUUACGACUUUGAUGAUUUGUAGCGCAGGGACUGUGUCUAGUAUAGACUGCUUUAAAUAGCUGUAUGACCCCACCUUUUAGAGCACUGUCAUGAUUUCCAGCAGAUUUCUUCAUGUUAGGGACUACUGGUACAUACAUACAUGUACCUGAACAGUCUAUUAUACUACAUUACGAGUACUAGUGCUGAGGACCGUGAGACGGUAUUGCAAGUGUGCCGCAUUCUAUGCAUUAUACAGUACAGCACACCGUUUCACAACUCACCCUUUGCUUUGUUGCCGCGCUGACAACAUAUGCAUGGUUGCUAAAAAAAACACAUUAGCUCAGUACCCGGCAACCUGCUCUCCCAUUUUCGUUGGCUGCUCCCCGAGCCCGGCUUUGUACUCUGAGAUAGUGUGUUGGGCUAUGUAUGCAAACAGCUCGGCACUUUUCUUUACUCAUGCAACUGUGCUACUGUGUGACAAUGAUCUCACAAUGAUCUCACUUCUCAAAUUGUGAGGGUGGCGUGCUUCUUCCUGCUCGUGACGCUUGGAUAGUACUUUUCAGAACCGUUGGAAACAAUUUUGGAUUCGCCUGGUCAUACCAUAUUCUUUCUUUAUUUUUGUGUAUGAUAGUAUAGCAGAAAAACGUGA